AUUCCUUCCGCUUAUGAUCUUCCGUUCCUGCUUCUUGUGCGACUGGGAGUACCUAGGACAGAUUUCACGGUCUUCUUCGGCGCGGGGUGGAUUCGGCUGUGAAGCUUGCUGUGGUACCCUACCUUUGAGCACAAUCGAACGCUACUCAGUAAUCGCACUUGACGACACUCUCGCAGUAAAGAGACGGAACAUAGGUUUAUCACAAACGGUGGAUCGACUGCCGCCACGCUCAAUUGCAAACUCUCAGAAACUUCACCAGCAACAUGAUGAAACGAGCACCCAGCCAAACGUCCAAGGAAGAGUCGGUCCACAAAGUGCAGCGCGACGCCGACGAUGCCUCAAUCCUCUCAGCCCGAGAUGAGCUAGAAGAAAAAUGGAGGAAUGGCAUCAGACUAAAAGUCGACCUCCGUUUAUGCAGCAUCGCUGGCAUCCUCUGCAGUCUCAACCUUCUCGACAGCGGCGUCAUAUCCUCCGCUUCCGUAACCACCAUGCUCUCCGACCUCGAACUCGACGUCGGCAACCGCUACUCGGUCUCAAUCUUCAUCUUUACCAUCGCAAGCAUCGCCUUCCAACUGCCCUCCACAAUCGCGGUCCGCACCUUUGGCCCGCGGAUCUGGUUCUCCUUCAUCACCAUCUGCUUCGGCAUCAUCACGCUGUGCACUGCUUUCGUGCAGACCUGGCGGCAAAUGAUCGCGCUACGAAUCCUGCUCGGUAUCGCAAUGUCCGGCGUCUACCCGGGUCUCACGUAUUUACUGAGUGUGUGGUACACGCGCAAAGAACAACAACUCCGCUUCGCACUCAUGCAAAGCGGCGAAGUCACCGUUCUCGCAACCGGCAGCAUCGUAAACUACGGCCUGAACCGACUCAACGGCUCCGCCGGACUGAAGGGGUGGCAGUGGAUGUUCGUCGUGCAAGGCGCCAUCACCGCAUUCCUCGGCAUCCUGACGUACUGGUGGAUGGUCGACUUCCCCGAGCGCUCACACACCUCCUUCCACUUCCUCUCCGAAUCCGAAGCCCACAUAGCAUCCGCGCGCAUCCAGCACGACCGCGGCGACAGCGUCGCGGACUCGUUCACAUGGAAAAAAGUCCUCAUCCACGCUUCCGACAUCAAGAUUUACGGUUUCUGCAUCUUGUACUUCCUGCAAAACCUCGUCUCGACCAGUAUGUCGUACUUCCUCCCCAUCAUCCUGCAAGGCGGGAUGGGCUUCAACACCGGCCAGUCCAUCCUCUUGAGCGCGCCACCGUACUACUACGCCGUGAUUCCCGCCAUCCUAUCCUCCUACGUCGGCGACAAAUUCCAGCUGCGUGGCCCCGUGAUUGCGUUCAACUGCGUCACACUCAUCGCUGGCUUCGCAAUGCUCGGAUUCACGGACCAAGUCACCGUCCGCCUCAUCGGGACAUACCUCGCGACAGGAGCGUACGUAGCGAAUUGGGCGGCGAUGGCGACGUAUCAAGCGAACAAUGUGGUUGGGCAGUGGAAAAGGGUGUUUACUGCUGCGGCGGUGACGGCGUGUAAUGGUGCGGGCGGUAUCGCUGGAAGCUUCAUUGUACGCCAGCAAGAGAGCCCGAGGUAUCUCACUGCGGUGUGGGUAUCGAUUGGCAGUCAUAUCCUGAUCAUGGGGGUGGUGGGACUUUUCAGCAUAUACUUCUACCUGGCGAAUGCGAGGCAGAGCAGGGGGAAGAGAGUGUUGGAGGGGACGGAGGGGUUUAGGUUUACGUACUGAAGUGCGAGUUGAUAGAGCCCUUACAUGGAAAACAAGGUCGCUUCAUCUGUGCACCAGGUCUGGAUCUGAGAUGCCAGCAGUCCGACAACCUCCAGGCUACCC